AUGAGUGAUGCGUCCUGUGUGCUCUCUGUGGUUGGAACCUCCUUCAGUGGUUCGAUGGUGAGGGCCGUGUUACUUGCGACGUUACGUGUGACGCAAGCAUCCAGAAGCUCCAGUAAUCAGCAAACGUCCUCUGGUACUGUCAGCAUUAACACCUCUCUCAGUCACACACAGGAAGAAGGAAACGUCUGCUCACAGUGUGGGAAGAGCUUUAGGUUCCUGAGUGGUCUUAAAGUACACCAGCGCAUUCACACUGGAGAGAAACUGUAUCAGUGCUCAGAGUGUGGGAAGAGCUUUAUUACACUGAGUAAUCUUAAAGUACACCAGCGCAUUCACACUGGAGAAAAACCUUACCAGUGCUUACAUUGUGGGAAAAGUUUUAAUCAACAGAGAAAUCUCAGAAGACACCAGCACAUUCACACUGGAGAGAAACCGCAUCAGUGUUCACAGUGUGGGAAGAGUUUUAAUCAACAGAGUCAUCUUAAAAGACACCAGCGCAAUCACUCUGGAGAGAAACCGUAUCAGUGCUCACUGUGUGGAAAGAGCUUUAUUACAGAGAUUCAUCUUGAAAUACACCAGCGCAUUCACAGUGGAAAGAAACCGUAUCAGUGCUCACAGUGUGAAACGGGUUUUAAUAAUCAGAGUGCUCUCAAAAGACACCAGCACAUUCACACUGGAGAGAAACCGUAUCAGUGCUCACAGUGUGGAAAAAGAUUUAAUCAUCAGAGUUCUCUAAAAGAACACCAGCACAUUCACACUGGUGAGAAACCGUAUCAAUGCUCACAGUGUGGAAAAAGAUUUAAUCAUCAGAGUUCUCUCAAAAAACACCAGCGCAUUCACACUGGAGAGAAACCGUGUCAGUGUACACAGUGUGGGAAGAGUUUUAAUCAACAGAGUCAUCUCAAAAGACACCAGCGCAUUCACACUGGAGAGAAACCAUAUCAGUGCUCAGAGUGUGGGAACAGUUUUAAUCGACAGAGUCAUCUCAGAAGACACCAGCACAUUCACACUGGAGAGAAACCAUAUACGUGUUUUCACUGUGGAAACAAUUUUAAUCAACUCAGUGAUCUCAAAAGACACCAGCGCAUUCACACUGGAGAGAAACCGUAUCAGUGCUCACAGUGUAAGAAGAGUUUUAUUCAACAGAGUGAUCUCAGAAGACACCAGCACAUUCACAGCUAUAAAACCCAAAUUCUCCUUGUAGGAACUAAGACCACUCUCGCCAAAACCAAAUCGUUUACUUUGAACUUUGAAAACUCCGUCAUUUCGCCUUCUUCCCAGGUUAAAAGCCUGGGUGUUGUUCUUGACAGUCAUCUUUCUUUCAAAGCACACAUCAAUAACAUUACAAGAUCUGCCUACUUCCACCUAAGGAAUAUCAACCGCCUACGCCCGUUCCUCAGUCAAACAAGUACUGCCAUUCUCGUCCAUGCGCUGCUCUACAUGGUCUUUCACCCUCUUACAUCUCCGAUUUACUCCAAUUCUACAAUCCCACCCGCACUCUUAGGUCUUCCUCAGCCUUCCAGCUUUCUAUUCCUUCUGUCCGCCUGUCGACUAUGGCACAAUCACAUCAAGAGCUGCAACCAUGAUAAAUAUGAUGCGCUGGUGAAGAUUAAGACUGAACAUGAGGAUCUGACGCCCACCAGAAGCUCCAGUAAUCAGCAAACGUCCUCUGGUACUGUCAGCAUUAACACCUCUCUCAGUCCCACACAGAAAGAAGGAAACGUCUGCUCACAGUGUGGGAAGAGCUUCAGGUUCCUGAGUUAUCUAAAAAAACACCAGCGCUUUCACACUGGAGAGAAACCGUAUCAGUGCUCACAGUGUGAGAAGAGUUUUAGUACACAAAGUGAUCUCAAAAUACACCAGCGCAUUCACACUGGAGAGAAACCUUAUCAGUGCUUACAGUGUGAGAAGAGUUUUAGUACACAGAGUGUUCUUAAAAUACACCAGCGCAUUCACACGGGAGAGAAACCACAUCAGUGCUCACAGUGUGGGAGGAGUUUUAAUCGCCAGAGUCAUCUCAAAGAACACCAGCGCAUUCACACUGGAGAGAAACCGUAUCAGUGCUCACAGUGUGGGAGGAGUUUUUAUCGCCAGAGUCAUCUCAAAGAACACCAGCGUAUUCACACUGGAGAGAAACCAUAUCAGUGCUCACAGUGUGGGAGGAGUUUUAAUCGCCAGAGUAAUUUCAAAGAACAUCAGCGCAUUCACACCGAAGAGAAACCAUAUCAGUGCUCACAGUGUGGAAAGAGUUUUAAUCAACAGAGUGAUCUCAAGAAACACCAGCGCAUUCACACUGGAGAGAAACCUUAUCAGUGCUCAGAGUGGAAAAAGUUUUAAUCAACAGAGUGCUUUUAAAAAAACACCAGCUCAUUCACACUGGAGAGAAACCGGAUCAGUGCUGACAGUGUGGGGAGAUUGUUGUUCAGUAUGUGCUCAGAUCACAACUUUCCUCUUUUUUUCCCUAAUUGGACCCAUGGGCUCUUCAUUCGUCUGCUCACUAAAACACUCUCACACCCUCACUCGUGCUCCCAAUCAUUAGUGUUUGAUUAAACGAGCAAGUGUGUGAGCAGUUGUAUGUGUAUGUGCAGGUGAGUAAGUCUUAAUCUUGAGGUGGGUUAAUGUUGUAUCCAGGGUGUGUUUAUGUGAAACUACUGACAGGAUGUGAUCUAAUACUGAUUUGCAGGAAGUGGUUACUGAAAAUAAAUAAAUGAAUCAC